AUGAGAAGAUUCGGGAUUUAUCUCACCUUGAGUGUCUUAUGCGCUUUAUGCGCUGCCCAGUCCGGCAAGCCGGUGCUACUCCGGGAUACACCGGCUGAGGUCCUCUUCACCUACAAAAAAACCCUGGACACACAAGCUCCUUUCGUCGUCGAAUGUUUGACUGAAAAUAAGAAUGAACCAAAGAUAAACUACAAAUGGACGAAAAACGGUCAACCUUUGGACCUAAAAGCCAAUCCAAACAUUGUCCAACGCCAGAACGAAGGAUCUUUGGUUUUCAUAAGCCCUCACCAGGAGGACCAGGGCAUCUACCAGUGCUUCGCGGAAACUCCCCAAGGAGUCGCCAGUACUCGGCAGAUAUUGGUCAGACCGACGUACUUGGUUGUGGAGAAUAAAGUGGAACCAGUGCACCAUAAGCCUGUUGAAGGUCGUCCAUUCAAAUUGGAAUGUCCAGCACCUAAAGCAUACCCAAAACCCAAUAUAACGUGGAAGAGUCAGCUCCCGUCGGACCCAAGUCUCUCUGAUGAUGUGAGAGACAAACGGAUCACUAUUGGCCCUGACAAUGCUUUGUACAUUGCUAACGUCACCAAGGAGGAGGUAAGCGAUAGGUUCAUGUACGUCUGUCUGGCCAAGUCUCCAGCCGUUCACGACGAGGUGCCUCUCGCGAAGCAUUUCAUCGACUCGCUGACAGAAGAUAAGCAGAAGAAGCAUCAUGAGGUUGUGGAACAGUACCUUACCAAGGAGGUGACGGGGAAAGUCGGAGAGCAAAUCAUUCUGUACUGCAUUUAUGGAGGAAAUCCCCUUGCCCACCCCGAGUGGUUCAAAGACGGUAAGGAGAUCGACAACCCGCCUGGCUCCCGCGUAACCAGGUACAACCGGAGCGCCGGUAAGAAGCUGCUCAUCCGUGAAGUACUGCCUGAAGACGAGGGCCAGUACACCUGCGUCGCCAACAACGAAGUUGGCAAGAUACAGAAUCAUACCAUGAGACUAACUGUCAUCAGUGCUCCAAUCUUCAAGAAGAAACCAGAACAGAUAAAGAACGUUCGAGAAGGUCAAGAUGUGAGCAUUCCCUGUGAACUCACUGCUAUUCCUGCAGCACCCACAUCCUGGACUUACAACGCUGCCCCUAUCGGCAAAGACAGAAUAACAAUCACCAAAACAGGGCUGACCAUAAACAAAGUUAAAAAGUCCGACUCUGGAUACUAUGGUUGUGGCGCCAAAAAUGACCAUGGACAAAAUUAUGCUGAAACACUUUUAGUGGUUGCUUAAAAAGUUAAAAAUUAUAACCCGUUCAUUUUAACUUGACGCAUAUACUCUCUUCCUAUGGUUUUUUUUCGGACUACUCUAAUGCUGUUGGCCACAGCUGGCCUUUAUAGCAUCACCAGACGACGUGCAGAUGGCACUUCAAACCCGCUGAAGGAUUAUGAAGCGACUGAAUUCCAACACCGCUAGGGGUUCGGCCAUCGGCUCAGGCCGUCGUAAUUUCGGCCAUAUAAUUAACUAUUUGCAAUAGACAUACUUCUCUUUCGAUGUAUUUUGGACAAUAUACAUAGUUUUUAACAAAUAAAAGUAUAAGUGUAACGCAUGUUAAAAUGAACGGUUUAUACUAGAUGACGGGUUUAUAUUUCCGCCAUUGUGUCUAACAAUACAAGCCAGUUUGUCUUGGCACAUUGUAUUUAAUACUUAAUUAUUUACAACAACAGAAUUCUCAUUUCUUUGCUAAAAGCAAAUAUCGAAUAAAACUAUUUUAUCACCACAAGACCUGUGCUC